AUGAGCAAUGCCACAUCCAAUGGCACUGUGGUGCCUGCCCAGAGCAGCCCAGCCAUCCCCCAUGCCAAUGCCACCUCAAACAGCAGCAGCUGGGCCCCCCAGUUUGGCACCAACGGCAGCUCUGCUGCUCCCACCACCAUGCACGGCAGCACCAAAGGCAAUGGGAGCACCAGUGCUCAGGUCUUUCCCACCCAGAUAACAUCUGAAGGCAGCACAGCUCCCACCCAGGGUGGUCCCAACCCCAGCAAAACUUCAGCCCAGCUGCCUGCUGCCCUCCAGCUGCUCGUCCGUGUCCCGCUGUCCUUCCGCAUCAUCAACAGGAGCUUCAACGAGAGCCUGCGUGACCCAGCAUCGCAGGAGUACAGGAGCCUGAGCCGCACUGUGCUGACCAUGUUCCAACACGUCUUUGGCUGCGCGGGCUGCAUGGGCACGCAGACCUACACCGGGUGCAGCGAGCUGCAGUACAGCCAAGGCUCGGUGGAGGUCCAGUCCACCCUCGUGUUUGGGAAUGGAAGUGAUGCCGUCCCUGCCGACGCUGCUGAGCAGCGCCUGAGGAAGAGCCUGGACCAGAAUGGCUUCAUCAUGGGCCUGCAGCUGGACAGCAUCCAGAGCUCUGCAGCAGUGAUAUCCCCAGCUCCAGCACCCAUGAUCCCGGACUGGGCCAUCGCUCUGUUGGUGCUGGUCAGCAUCCUGCUGCUGUUCACCAUCUUCACCUGUCUCCUCCUGAUGUCCACCUGCACGUGCCGCCGGAAAAGCCGAGGGAAGCUGGACCUGCUGAGCCAGAAGGACUCCUACCACCCCAUGGCUGAAUACCUGCAGUACCAGAGCCACGGGCGCUACGUGUCCCCCAACAGCAAACCCAACCCCUACAGCCAGGUGGCCGGCGGCAGCACCACGAGGUCCGGCACCUUCACCUACACCAACCCCGCCGCCGGCUCCGACAACCUCUGAAGGGCGCGCUGGGAAGGAGGGCGGCUGCCGAGGGGAGGGGGCGGCCGCAGCCCCCCACUCCCGGGAGAGCAGCACAUGCCCCGGUGCUGCUCGGCCCCUCGCCGUGGGCAGCGGGAGCCGGAUGGUUCUGGAGCAGCCGGAUUCGUGCACAUGACAGAACUGGAUGAACGGAGAUCGGCGGCGGGGAGGGAGGGUCCCGCACGCCCCACGGUCCCCGCACUCGCUUGGCUUUGCAACCCUGCUCCGUGCCGGGGGUGGAGGACUGGGCUCGUGCUCCCCCUGCGAUUCAAUGGCUCUUUUUGUGGUGUUAUUUUAUAUAAAUAUUUCUAUUUGCGGGGUGUUGGUGCCGGGCUUGGCUCGGCGGGGUGGCAGCUCCUCGGCUGGGCUGUAUUUAUCA